AUGGGAGAGUCAAUUGAAACAAUUUGUGAAAGUCUUGUCAGAGCUUUUCAGGAGGAGAAAGAUGAUUUUGUCUCCCUUGUAACAAUUAUUGAUAUGUAUAACGAACAGGUAAACUCUGAAAAGUCCAUAAAAGAAAAGGAACGUUAUUUGGAUGUCCUAUUGAAACUGUUUAAGGAAAAUCCAGCCACCUUAAAGAAAAUUGGCUGGGAUCUGCCGAAGGGUCUAUUGCAGUUUUUUUCAUGCAAAAACAUCUAUGUCAAGAAACAUCUAGCUUCUAGUCCCAUUGUUUCUAGUGUGAUAAAUUGCUUCGGUGCGUUAGCUCUCAAUGGAAAUCCGAAGGAAUGCUUGUUAACCACUUGCGAAUUAGUGUCAACACUCCGUAUAGUAUCGACUGGAACUGACGAAUCCGACGAAGAGUAUGAAGACUUAAUUGAUUCCGAUAGAAAUGAUGCGACGAAUAAUACUGAUGAGCCGUCAAUCAUCCAUCCAGAGCUUGAGAAGUACACGGCCGAGAACACAGUAGAAUUCAUUCCCAAUUUAAAAAUUUAUGUUCUCUCUGAAUUUAUGAGUUCGUUGUUGAAACAAGUCGACACUUUAUAUCCAUCUAAAUUCCUAGCCAUGGCAAUUUCUGCAAUCGUUAACUACGUAACAACUAAUGUGCAGGCUAUGGAUGAUGUGCACUUUAUUUUGCGCAUAAUGUACAAUUUUUGUACUACUUAUUCUCCAGCUCAACCAUCAGCUAUUCUGACUGACGGUAUUGAUGCAAGCGAUCUUGAAAAAAUCUAUGGUGAUGAAUCUGUACUACAGAAAAAGCUACUUGCUAACCUGGGCGUACUCAUGAUUUCCAGUUGUCUGAAGAACAAACCAGGUAAUAUAGACAAGAUAUAUUUUAAAACAUUAAUGCAUAAAAAAUUAGAUGAACAUGAGGUCGAUGCCUCAAUUUUACAGACAUGCUACCAAUACUACGAAUAUGUGACAUCUUUAGGUGUCGAUAUGAAAGAACUUUUAGAAAAGCACUUAGAAGAAUCAAGACAUAUCUAUAAUUCUCUUCUUCUGAACUCAGCGGCUUCAACACCCGAGUUCGAAGAAGAAAUUAACCAAGUAGUGUAUGAAGUAUCUUAUGCAUAUCAAAUAAAGAAACUAGCCGAUGAAAAAAAUUUAGAGCCUGACCAAUAUGGAGUCUUAAUCCUAUCUGCAAUACAUUAUUCUAAAAACGGUACGCACUUAUUGCCACAAAUUGAUAUCCAAAGUGCAAUUUACUUGUACCUACGGUGUACGACAGCUUCGUUAUUUUCAGAAAUAUACGAAAAUAAGUUUUUAGAAAGUUCAGUACGCUAUUGGCUGUGGGUAUCCAUAACCGAAACCUCCACGAAGAAAAUAAAAUGCGCCCUACAAAAACUUCCAGGUCACAUUACCACAGCCUUUUUACAAAUGUUACUAAUGAAAACUUGCAAUGAAGCGAAUAACGACACGAAGUUAAUCGACUUUACCCUUCUGAGAAAGAUACUGUACCUAAUGCCCGAAAGCACAUCAUUUACGUUCAUGUUCGAGACACUGCUACAUUGUCCAUAUAUAACAGCAAAGAUUGCUAUUCUUGACAUCCUAAGAGAUAUGAUGAUUAAAGCCCCUGAGGCUCCUAAUGGCGAAGAAUCGGUCAAUUUACCUGAACAACAAAAAUCUGAGAAUACCGCUAAUAGUGUACCGAUAACGCCAAAACUACCCCCAAGACCUUACGUCACCAUUAAUGAAGAUCGCAUGGCAUCUAUUCAUAGCAUUGCCUUAAUAUGUUUUUCCGUUGCCAAGCAAAAGAAAAGAACGCAAGGUGAUCUACUUUUGGUACUAACUUAUAUGAAAUUUUUUGUUAGUUUAAGAAAUAAAUGGGAUUUGGGACUGUUAACACUCAUCAAUAAAGAAAUCUCAGAAUCAUUUCAAGGAGAAGGUGAACCCGAAUUGGCAUUCAUCAACAUUGCCAACAAUACCUUGGGAGCAUAUAUAGAAGAAACGAACAUACGUCCAUAA